GACACAGCGAAACAACAUUAGCCAAGUGUCAUCGCCCAUCGAUUAAGCCAGCACCAACUUCUCAGUUCUUUUCGUACGUUAGCUUUUCUACUCUCUGCCUUGAGUAAUGGCGACCAUGGUGGCUUUGAGUUCCUUCGCCGUCGUUGGCCGGUCCGCCGCCCGCUCUCCAGUGGCGGCCCCGCGCCGGCGCGCCCUCGUCGUCAGGGCCCAGACCGAGCCUGACAUGGACUCGACCAAGGAGACAACGAGCGCAUCGACCUCCUCCCCGAGCAUGAGCCCGGCCCCGACCCCGAUCCCGGCGGCACCCAAGCCCAUGACCAAGAAGGCUAACCCCUCGGUCUGGGACGCGCUCGCGUUCAGCGGCCCGGCGCCGGAGCGCAUCAACGGCCGGCUGGCCAUGGUGGGCUUCGUGGCGGCACUCUCCGUCGAGGCGGCGCGCGGCGGGGGGCUCCUCGACCAGGCCGGCAGCGGCGCCGGGCUGGGCUGGUUCCUGGUGACCGCGGGGUUGCUCUCCGUAGCGUCGUUGGUGCCGCUGCUGCAGGGCCAGAGUGUCGAGAGCAAGUCGAGCGGCUUCUGGAGCGCCGACGCCGAGCUCUGGAACGGCCGCUUCGCUAUGCUCGGCCUCGUCGCGCUCGCCACCACCGAGUUCAUCACCGGCACGCCCUUCGUCAACAUCUAAGAGACUGUAGCGCUGUGAAUUUUAAGCUAACAAAUCUUAACGCCAGUAGUACUAACUGUUGUAACCACGUUUAUGUCAAAGAACAAAAACUGUUGCAUUAUCUCCAAAAAAGAACGGUGCAGCCACGUUGCUUUUUUGUACUAUAUCGGUGAUGGCAAAAUGUAAAUCUCAUGUUUAGAUGAUGCUUCUUAAUCAAAUUAAUUAACCUGAGCAAAA